UUUCUACAGACAUGUCUAAAGUCCACCACCUGAGGGACAUGCUGAAACUACGGCUAACAGCUGCUGAUGAAGAAAUAUUGGCGCUGUUUGAAGGAGUGAUCGCAGAUAAUAAAGAAGAAAUUAAAAGAACAGAUCAAAAGAGUGGAAGUGCUGGCUGCUGUUUUUAAUCCUCGGGUUCUCUUACACCCAGCAGACAUGCAGCAGCUGCUGGUGAGUAAAGAAGGCAUUCUCCCUGAGCUGCAGGAAUGGAAUCAAAAUCUGGAUCAACUGGACUCAAAGCCUCCAAACAUUAAAGAGGAACAGGAGGAACUCUGGAGUGAACAUGAAGAAAAACCACAGUCAUCACAGCUUCAUCAAAGCCAAAGAGACAAGAGCACAGAAGUGGAGCUUCUUUCCAGCAACUCCACUGAUCCCAGAACAGUGAAAACAGAAGCUAAUGGAGAUGACUGUGGAGGGUCACAACCAGCUAGAGACGGGUUCCAACCACAUCCUGAUGACAUGCAGCAGUCGGUGAUUAAAGAAGAAAUUAUUCCUGAACAGCAGUUGUGUAAUCUGAAUGCUGACCAGGGGGACAUAAAAGAGGAACAAGAGAGACUCUGGAUCAGUCAGCAGGGACAGCAGGUCCACCAGCUGGAGGAAGCUGAUGUCACCAAGUUCCCUUUCACUGCUGUCCCUGUGAAUACUGAAAAACCAGAGUCACCACAGCUUCAUCAAAACCACAGUGAUGAGAGCACAGAGGCUGAGCCUGCAGCCAGCAGCUCGACUGUCCACAGAACACUGACAGCACAAGCUGAUGGAGAGGACGAUGGAGGACCACAACCAGCCAGGACCUCAGGUCCGAACAGUCCUUUACAAACAGAGACCUGUGACAGGAGCUCAGACAGUUCAGAGCCUGAGCCUGACAACAGCCGUGACUGGAAGUAGACCAGAGAAUGUAAUUCAGGUUUUAACUGUCAGCAAGAAAGCAAUGUCACGAAACAACAUAGAGGACUGCAAGCAAGUGAAAAAUCAUAUGACUGUUCUGAGUGUGGUAAAAGAUUUGGACAAAAGGUCAGUAUGAUCAGACACAUGAGAAUUCAUAGAGAGAAACCAUCAGGACAGCAUCGAUUUCGCUGUCCUGAGUGUGGUACAAGAUUUGGACGCAAGGGCCAUCUGAACACACACAUGACAAUUCAUACAGGACAGA